AAAGAACAAAUCUAAAGCUAUUGUUCGUUUUAUUUUUGUUGGCUGUUGUAGUUAUGAAUUUUAUUAUUUUAUCUAAGAUGUUUUGUGGCAUCUAGUGUUCUGUUAUUAUUCUCCAUCAGGGCAUUUUUUCUUGCUAACUGAACAACAGGUGUAGCUGACAUUUGUUAGCUAGUUAGCUGCUGACGUACCUUACUAAAGGUUUUAGAGAACUUUCCCUUGAUGUGAACUGAAGAUUGUACUGCUCCCCAACAUGACACAUACACAAGCACACAUGUGUGUGUGCAUGAUCAUCACACUACUCUUUGCCUCUGGACAUGCAGAAGAAAUUAUAAAAGAUGGAACACAGAACCGUUCUCUGGUAUCCAUCCACUACCUUGCCAGUUUACCUACUCUCCGGGAUAUCAUAGUGAAAGAGGGAGCCAGCACUCUGAUUGAGUGCAAUGUCACUGGAAAGCCAGAUGACAUUCAGUGGUACAAUUCCAAAGGGCACGUUCUGGGUGCGGAAGAGGGAGGUGGGAAAUGGCUGAUUCAGGACAAGAGCUUUUUAAAUAUCACAACGGUCAGUUUUGAAGACCGAGGCCGAUACACCUGCAUAGCCUCCAGCUCGGCAGGAACCUCAAACUACACCAUCACCUUACGGGUGGCCUACGUCCACAGCGGCCUGGGCCUGUACUACGUCAUUGUUUGUCUCAUCGCCUUCACCAUCACCAUGAUCCUCAAUGUCACGCGCCUCUGCAUGGUCAGCAGUCACCUGAAGAAGACGGAGAAGGCCAUCAACGAGUUCUUCCGCACCGAGGGAGCUGAGAAGCUCCAGAAGGCCUACGAGAUAGCCAAGCGCAUCCCCAUCAUCACCUCAGCCAAGACCAUGGAGUGGGCCAAGGUCACCCAGCUCAAGACCAUGGAGUUUGCCCGCCACAUGGAGGAGCUGGCCCGCAGUGUGCCACUUCCCCAGACCAUCCUCAGUUGCAGGGCCUUUGUGGAGGAGGUUAUGGAGACGGUGCACACCUCGGUGGGGGCGACAAGCCUCCAGAAAGCUAUAGAACCAGCCAACCCAGAGGGGAGAGGUAAAACCUGUGAGGUCCAGAUGUCAGCAGAGCAGCAGGGCCCAGCAGCACAUGGCAGAGAGGAUGUUGAUGGUACCAUUGAAAACAGCCUGGACAUUGAGGUGUCUGUACACCCUAUGUCCAACUGUGAGGAUGAGAAGUGGGCUGAAGGGGAUGAGGUGUCUGUACCCAUGCUGGGGCCAUGCUCCAGUGGGAGUGUGGCUUAUGAAAGUCGCAUUUAGUCGUGCCAGUCAGGUCUUUACAACUAAUAUUUUCAAGUUAGUUGAGAGGUCAAAAGCAAAGGGCUGCUCAGAUGGCAACCACAGAUGGUGGGAGUUGAGGGGUAUUUUGUGUUUAGGAUGCUACUGCCUAUUUCAUAGAGAAAAUACACUGGAUGAAACCUAAAGAUGUUUCAGAGAUGAGGCCUUGUGGUUACUUCCCUACCUGAUAACAAUGGUAUUUGAUAGCUAUGGUGGGAGGUGAUGAGAGGAUUGUGUUCGGUUUUUACAUCUUUAUUUACUUCACUACUUGCCUCAGUUUAAAGGAAGGAUUGAUUUGGUUGUUUGCUUGUGUGUUUGUAACUUAACAAAUUAGAAAAAAUAAGAAACCUGCACACUGCUCUUGCUAGUAUCACUGCUCUUUAUUAAGCUUUAUGUAUCAGCCUUCAAAAAGCUCUGACGAAGGCCUUGAGGCUGAUAUGUAAAGCUUAAUAAAGAGCAGUGAUACUAAUGAGUAGUGUUCGGGAUUCUUCUUUUUUCUCAUCUUAUUCAACCAUGCACCUGCAACAGAGAUGGCUCAGAUGUGCGAGUGCCUUUUUGAAUUUUGUAUCUUAACAAAUAACAUGUUGUUUUUAAAAUCACUUGGAAUAUGGGUUGCACAAGGCAAUCUAGCAAAUUAAGUACAAUUUUACUUGGGGUAAUGGGUGUAAUCAGUGGUAUAAAGUACUUAAGUAAAAAAUACUUAAGUACUACUUAAGUAGUUUUUUGGGGUCUGUACUUUACUAUUUAUAGUUUAAAAACUUUUACUUUUACUUCACUACAUUCCUAAAGAAAAUAAUGUAUUUUCGUAGCCUAGUGGUUAGAGCGUUGGACUAGUAACCGGAAGGUUGUGAGUUCAAACCCCCGAGCUGACAAGGUACAAAUCUGUCGUUCUGCCCAGGCAGGUUAACCCACUGUUCCCAGGCCGUCAUUGAAAAUAAGAAUAUGUUCUUAACUGACUUGCCUGGUUAAAUAAAGGUCAAAUUUAAAAAAAUGUAAAUUAAAAAUGGUCUAAUUCACACACUCAAGGGAGCAUACCCGGUCAUCCCUACUGUCUCUGAUCUGGCGGACUCACAAAGCACAUGCUUCGUUUGUAAAUUAUGUCUGAGUGUUGGUGCGUGCCCCGAGCUCUCCGUAAAUUAAAAAAACAAGGAAAUGUGUGAAAUAUGUCUGGUUAAUUUAAUAUAAGGAAUUUGAAAUGAUUUUUACUUUUUAUACUCAAGUAUAUUUUAGCAAUAUUUCCUUUUGAUACUUAAGUAUAUUUAAAACCAAAUACGUUUAGACUUUUAUUCAAGUAGGAUUUGACUAAAUGACUUUCACUUUUACUUGAGUCUCUCUAAGGUAUAAUUUACUCAAGUAUGACAAUUGGGUACUUUUUUGACCACUUGGUGUAAUUCUGCUAUCUUUCCAGUUGGUGGGGAUGUUGCACAACUUUUACAGAGCCAACUGUUUGGUCUCUGAGGUAGAACACUAAAUAUAUUACUUUAAACUGACAAAGGUUAUAUUGGAUAACUAUAGGGCCAGUUGAUACUAAGGUUGAAUAAACAUCUCAUCUCUCAUGAGUCACACCUAAUGACAUGUGCUCUACAUACAUGACUCCUACUUGUCUACCUGUAAAACAGGUUUGUAUUAUAGAAAUGACUAUAUUGUUAAAAUUACAUUAGAAUAUAUUCAGGUUAAAUGGCAGUCAGACUGUAACUUGGCUUCAGUGAAGUAAACAGUGAUCACUAUGGGGACAAACUAGUACAGGGACAGACACAGUGUGAUGCUCUUCCUACCUCUUCUUUCUUCAGUGUGUGUUUGAGGGCAGAUUCAUUGAAUUUGACCAAAUAUGGGUAAUAUGCUAAUGACUUAAUUCCUACACCAGCCUCAAGUAUAGAACAAAGUAUGAGUUGGUUGAAUGAGUAGUGCUUCUCUGGCACUCUUAUCUUACUGAAGGACUUUGAACAAUUGCACUUCAAACAGUGGAAGAUUAGCUCAAUUUCUCAUUGCUGUUGGUCCAAAGGUGUGUGCUUGUGUGUUUUAGGGUGUGUGUUUGUGUGUUUACCUACAGUGAUUAAUUGGCCCAGCCCAAAACAAUUGAUUAUUAUCAGGGUGAAAACAUUGGGUGCCAACUCAUUAUAACCUGCUUUUUAAUGUUUGGAAUUGUAGACCUUGAAGUCUAACUUGCAGAGCUCACAAAUGAAGUGUUUAAAAAUAGUAAUAAAUAUGUCUAAAAACACAGAUUUUUUUACUUCCUUUGCAAAUCACAGAAACUUCUGAGUAAAGAUUGGCUGCCAGAUUGGCUGUCGUUGUAAUGAACCCCAGCAGUGCUUUACCCAUGGGUUAUUCAUUCAGGCAUCGGACAAUGCAAUAAUAUAUCAUCUAGUGAUUAUUCUGGGUACGGGUGGCAGGAAUGGAAUGGAAAUCCUCUGACGUCAGCAGACGGAAUGGAUAAUAAUCUCAUAUGUUGAUAUUAACUGCUUAAGUUUUGAGAAAGAGAUGUUUUGAGAAUGAGACGUGAGUAGAAAAAGCCCUGAAGCUAUUUCUUUCCUCCCAAUGAACUCUGACAUCUGAGCCUUGAACAGCUUCAACAAAAUCUUUAAAACUGUAUGGUCUGGACCAUUCCAGCUGUCAAUCCAUUUGAAACAGUCGGUUUUGUGGGGUGACUGACCUCAGCCAUUUCUAAAACAUUAUGCACUUCGCCUACACUAGUUUCUGUCUGCAAAUUGCUACCAAUUCUCUGGAUUAUAUGAGAGAUGAACAUCAGACAGCAUGAAAGGGAAAAAGAGAUACGAGCCUGAAACUGAACCCAAAAUAAUUUAAUUGAAUCCUGCCAUGAUUGAAAAAAACUCCCCUUUUUCCCCCUGCGAUAGCUUUUAUCUAACUCUUAUCUGGAAUAUACUGUAUUUGCGAAAAUAGGUCACGAUAAAGAGCAGCGUAUUAGCACACGACUGAACCAGCCUAAUAGAAGCAUUAUAGUCAUAUGUACCAGCCAAGAGAUAAGACGCAUGUUAUCACACCAGGCCUUGUAAGUCAGAGUAAGACUAAUAGAAUGGAAGCCAAUCCAGUAAUCCAGUAGUUCUCCUCUGUAUGGAACCAGAGGGUUGAGUUCCUCACACAAUAUCUGGAAAAACAAAGCAAAAUUUGAUUUAAGAGUCCUGCCGUUGUUCUGUGUGUAAAACAGAGGCAAUUAGCAAUGAUACAAUGGUGUAUUGUUCAUUAAAGGCUUUCUGUUCACUA